GAAUGGAUGGWAGAUUUGUGAGAAGUAGGUCUUCAAAUAUCUUAGAUAGACCGCUUAGCAAAGGMAAGAAUGAGAUAAAUAUCAGCACAUUCGCUCURUUGUUCUCUGAGAUGGUACAAUAUUGUCAGAAUCGAGUUUACACAGUUCCUGAACUUCAGACCAAACUUUCAGAUCUUGGUCAGCAUGUCGGUGCUAGAGUUCUCGAUGUUCUUGUAUCAAGAGAAAAGGGUCUCAAACGAGAAGUGAGAGUGUUGAAUAUSUUGCUUUUUAUCAAGUCUGUUUUAUGGAAGUCAUUAUUUGGUAAAGAAGCAGACAAGCUGGAGCAAGCAAAUGAUGACGACAAGACUUAUUAUAUCAUAGAACGAGAGCCACUAGUUAAUAAAUUCAUAUCUGUUCCAAAGGACAAAGGAAGUCUAAAUUGUGCAUCUUUCAUUGCUGGGAUAGUAGAGGCUGUUCUACAUGGCUGUAACUUUCCUGCUAAAGUCACCGCUCACUGGCAUAAAGGCACAACACUAAUGAUCAAAUUUGAUGAAUCUGUAAUUGCAAGAGAGAAAUCACUGGAUACUAGAUAGAUUUACYGUAAAUUCAGUGUUUAUUUCAAAAUGAGUCCUAUUAGAGGAGCUUUUACAGUAUGUCAGUAUUUAAAAAAGACACUUUGAGAUUUUGUAAAUAUAUGGUUUAGGUCCGGACAUCUAUUAAUCAUUUUGAGUGCUAUGCCCGUUUCAGACGUCAAUCUUUUGCAAUGUCUAGUCUAAUGUCUAAUUGCUUACAUGCAGUUCUUGAGACGUUUGCAGUCUACAUCGAUUGAUAAUUACGGAUUAUAAUAAGUUUGUCUCACUGAACAAAAUCUGCUAAUUCAGAGUACAAAUUGCUCAUAAACUCAACUCCAAGUAGAUUAGACUCAACAAAAAAUCGACGAAACGGGUUUUUGAACAGAGCCAAACAUUUUGACACCUACAACAUUUUGGCUUCAAAACUCUGCCAGUAAUGUCAUCCUAAAUGGAUACAGAACAAGUUUGUAACAACAUUAGUAUUUGGGUCAAAGUUGAGCUAUUUGAAUCUAUUGAUAUUACAAUCCUGUUUUGUAGCUCCUUACAUCAUAACUGUGUAUCAAACAUUCAAAGUCACAAAAGAUAACAAAGUCCAAAUGUAAUAUCUUUUAAUUCCUUUUAAAAUUUCAAGUCGAUUUCAUAUAAGUAGAAAGCAAAACAAGUCAAUAAUUAUGUAUAUGUUUUAUGUAAUAUUUUCAAAAUAUUUUGACAAUGAUAAAGAUGAAAAAGRAACAAAAUACAUGAAGAAUGAUCUUUGGUAUUUUGAAAUUUCAGGGAUUYCACAUGAUUUAGAGUCAUCAUGAUUCCCACUCCUAUGAAAUCUGCUAUUUUUUAUUAAAGAACUUACAACUAUUGUACAUUCUGAAAUACCAGUAAAAGUCACCAUAAAACCA